CGAAGGAAGGUUGGCGAUAUCCGACAGGAUGUGGGCCACACUUUUGCCUUCCGCUGCGCGGGCGGGCCUUCCAGGGAGGCCUGGCGGGAGGGGCCCGGGGGGGCCUGGCAAGAAGGCCGCCCCUGCCAGCUUAGGUGAUGGCCGAGUUUGCCGACAGCAGCGCUGGCUGGGGUACCGACGGCUUCGCCGACAGCCGCUCCAAUCGUGGCGCCGACCGCCGUCCUGACGGCUUCGCCGACAGGCGUGCCAGCAGUGGCGCCGACAGUGGCACCGACGGCAUUGCCGGCUGCGGGACUGACGGCAGCGCUGACUCUGGCGCUGGCGGCACCGACAAUUGCGUCGACAAGUGUGUGUGUGUGGUCAGCUACGCUGAAUGCGGCGCCGACAGCCGCGCCGCCGCCCAGGAGGUGGACGAGCCCGCCGCGGAGGACUGGGCCGAAGGUGCCGCCCCCGCCUGCCGCCAUGCCGACCGCUACGCCGAGUGCGGCUCCAGCAGGCGUGCCGACUGCGGCGCCGACAGCCGCGCCGC